AUGAAGUCGAGCGAGCCGCUGCCCUUGACGGUGGAGGGACUCACAGCCUCAUGGUUCUCCAAGAUCCUCGGAAAGCAGGUGAAGGAAGCCAGCAUCGUGGAGACGAUGCACGGGACAGCGUCCAAGAUCCUCGUCCAGCUUGACUUGGAGGACGCCGAUGCUGCCGCCGGAGACUCGGAGGCAGCGCCUACUCGGGUGUGCGUCAAGGGCGGCUUUAAUCCGGCACUGGUAGCUCUCCACCCUUCGCUGUUUGCCGUCUAUCGCCUGGAGGCCGAGUUUUACUACUACCUCGGGCCAACCGUUAACAUGCGCCUGCCCAAGACUUGGUACUGCGGCACCGACACCGUCAGCGGUCAGGGCAUCGUCGUGCUGGCAGACCUCAAGGCAGAGGGGUACACGUUCGGAGACCCCUUGGAGGCCUGGCCGGCCGACCGGGUGCGGGCCGGGAUGGAGGAGCUGGCCACGCUACACGCCAGGACCUGGGGCGGCAAGCCUGCAGACUUCCCAUGGUUCAGACCCGAGUUCUCGCUCCGCGACGUCAUCACUUCGAUGCUGGGCCAAGAGGAGUGGGACAAGCGCUUCUUGGGAGACGCCCGGCCGCCGGUGCCCGACCACCUGGUCGACCGCGAGCGCAUCAUCGCGGCGUACAAGACCCUGUGGCAGACGACGGACAGCAAGUUCCACUGCAUCGUCCACGGGGACACCCACAUCGGCAACACAUUCAUCACCCCGGCCGGCGAGCCCGGCUUCCUCGACUGGCAGGGCCUGCACGCCGGGUCGGCAAUCCACGACGUCGCCUACUUCAUCGGCGGGGCCAUGGACGUCGAGGAUCGCCGCAAGCAUGAGGAUGAGCUGUUCCAGCACUACCUGGACUGCCUGCACAGGGCCGGCGGACCGAAGUUCGACAAGGCCGAGGUCUGGGACGAAUAUCGGAAGCAUCACCUGCACGGGUUCGCCUGGACGCUGACUGGGCCUAUGAUGCAGACAAAGGAGAGGGUCGAUAUUAUGUCGGAGCGUCACUGUGCUGCCAUUGUGGACCACAAGAGCCUCGAGUUGUUGGAGUCGCUUUCCAGCCAUGGCAAGUGA